UGAAGGAUCACCCUGGCAGGACCGGGUACUGUUCUCUGGCUGCCUGUUGCAGGGCUUCCUCCGGCUGGGAUCCAGCGUCCGGGAGACUCGGAGUGGCGCCAUGAGCCGCCUGGGCUCGGUGCAGCGGAAGAUGCCGUGCGUGUUUGUGACGGAGGUGAAAGCCGAGCCCUCGGCCAAGCGGGAGCAUCAGCCAUUUAAAGUUUUGGCAACUGAAACUCUAAGUGAAAAGGCAUUAGAGGCAGAUGUGUACAAUGCCAUUGCCACAGAAAAGGUGGAUGGGACGUGUUGCUAUGUUACUAACCACAAAGGUCAGCCAUACCUCUGGGCUCGACUAGAUAGAAAACCUAACAAGCAAGCCGAGAAAAGAUUUAAAAAAUUUCUACAUUCAAAAGAAAACUCAAAAGCGCAUCUGUGGAACACAGAGGAAGACUUCAGGCCUGUCCCAGAGUGCUGGGUACCAGCAAAGGAAGUAGAGCGGCAGAAUGGGAAGCCAGUACCUGAUGAGCACGGACACAUUCCCGGCUGGGUCCCAGUGGAAAAGAACAGCAAGCAGUAUUGCUGGCAUUCUUCUGUGGUGAAUUAUGAGUUUGGAAUUGCCCUGGUCCUACGGCACAAUCCUGAUGAGCCUGGACUUUUGGAAAUCAGUGCCGUGCCCCUGUCAGAACUUUUAGAGCAAACCCUGGAACUGAUAGGAACGAAUAUCAAUGGAAACCCAUAUGGGCUAGGAAGCAAGAAAUAUCCACUGCACUUUCUCAUACCACAUGGAGCCUUCCAAGUAGAAAACCUGCCGACCCUGAAACACAACGACUUGCUGUCCUGGUUUGAAGACUGCAGUGAGGGUAAAAUCGAAGGGAUUGUGUGGCACUGCGGUGAUGGCUGUUUAAUUAAGGUCCAUCGCCACCACCUUGGUCUAUGCUGGCCUCUUCCAGAUACUUACAUGAACUCUAAACCAGUUGUUAUUAACAUGAACCUAAACAAAUAUGGCUAUGCUUUUGAUGAAGAGUGUUUGUUUAGUCAGUUUUCAAAAAUAGAUAAACAGAAAUUUGAUAGGCUCAAAGAUAUAUUUGAUGUAUAAAAUGUAAAUAUAGUUGGGAUUAUUGCAGUUUUCUAAUAUUGAAGAGUCUGCUAUGUUUACAUAAGAUAAAAUAACUCAAGGUUCUAUUUAAUUUUGCUAGCUAUUUAGCAAACUGUUAUAACUUAUAAACAUUUAUGUAUCUGUGUUUAUCGAAAUCAAAGGAUUUGAAUAUCUUAACACAAAACUACAAAAUAAUUACAUCUGAAACUUCAGUUUUAAAUGAUAAAAUUGUUAAAAGCUUAUUUUUAUGCUUUUAGAAAAUUUAAGACAUUAUAAAAAUAGGAAUAUCAUAGCUUAUUGUACACUGGAUAGCAAUAAAUAAUUCACAUCUUCAAAAAUAUACUUUUCUGCCAAGUUAAAACUAAAUAUGACUUUAAGCAAAAAUAUAGUAUUUUGAUAGGUGAAUUCUGUAGUUCAGAGACUGCUUGAUUGCCAGCUGAAAUUUUUUAACUUAUAAAAUAAUUUUAAAUCUACAGUUAAAUGU